UAUAUCUGUACGAGUACAGAGAGAUAUGUCAACAAGUGAUAUAUGCUUGAGUAAGAUUAGAUUUUUAGUGUUUAUAGAAAUGGUUAUCAACUGUACUGGAGGGAUGGAACACAAGUCGCUGAAAAAUGAGGUUGUGGUGGCAGCUGCAGAGAGGUGAAGACUUGUUCCACGUGUGAGAACAGAACGGGCUACUUCUCAAGAGCAUGGCCUCUCUCCCAAUGCUUGCUGGUAAGGAGGAGGUCAAAAGCACAGCCGACCACGUCCUUGAGACGUUCUAUCCCAUCUCUCCCACCAUCGACCUGCAGAGUGUCCAGGUCUACCAGGAGCAGAACCAUAAAGAUUCCUCCAGGUCUGUCGGGGUACAAGUCUAAAACGUUCCAGAGGUUCCUGUCCCUUUAUCUGAACGGAGCUGUGUGAGCUGCAAAAAUCAGCGCCUGAACAACAACAAUAACCUUCCCAUUUCUACUGUCAAUACUGUCAUAUCUGAAAAUACAGACACCCUAGAUAAUCUAUCUCAUCAUAGUCAAACGUUUGAUUGUGUUUCUCAACCCUCGGACUGUUGUGGUUUUGAAUUACACUCAACAAAAAUAAAUGCAACAUCCAACAAUUUCAAAGAUUUUUACUGAGUUACAGUUCAUAUAAGGAAAUCAGUCCAUUGAAAUACAUGAAUUAUGCCUUAAAUCUAGGGAUUUCACAUGACUGGGAACACAGAUACGCAUUUGUUAGUCACAGAUACUGUACCUUAAAAAAAGAAGGUAGGGGUGUGGAUCAGAGAACAGUAUCUGGUGUGACCAUCUGCCUCGUGUAGUGUGACCCGUCUCCUUCACAUAGAGUUGAUCAGGCUGUUGAUUGUGGUCUGUGGAAUGUUGCCCCACACCUCUUCAAUGGCAGUGCGAAGUUGCUGGAUAUUGGUGGGAACUGGAACACGCUGUCGAUCCAGAACAUCCCAAAUAUGCUAAAUGGGUGACAUGUCUGGUGAUCUUGUCACAGUAUCUUUCCAUUUAAAUUGCCAUUGAUAAAAUGCAAUUGUGUUUGUUGUCUGUAGCUUAUGCCUGCCCAUACCAUAACCAGACCACCACCAUGGGGCACUCUGUUCACAGUUUUGGAAUCAGCAAACUGCUUGCCCACACAACGCUGUACAGUUGAAACGGGGAUUCAUCCAUGAAGAGCACACUUCUCCAGCAUGCAGGUGGCCAUCGAAGUCGGUUACAACGACAAACUGCAAUCAGGUCAAGACCCCGGUGAAGACAACGAGCAUGCAGAUUAGAUGGGUUCUGAUAGUUUGUGCAGGAAUUAUUCAGUUGUGCAAACCCACAUUUUCAUCAGCUGUCCGGGUGGCUGGUCUCAGACAAUUCCGUAGGUGAAGAAGUCGGAUGUGGAGGUUCUGGGCUGGCGUGGUUAAAUGUGGCCUGAGGUUGUGAGGCCGGUUGGACGUAAUGCCAAAGUCUAUAAAAGGACGUUGGGGUUGGCUUAUGGUAGAGAAAUUAACAUUAAAUGAUCUGGCAACAGCUCUGGUGGUCAUUCCUGCAGACCAGCAUGCCAAUUUUAGUCUCCCACAAAACAUUAAACGUCUGUGGCACUGUGUUGUGUGACAAAACUGCACAUUUUAGUAGCCUUUUAUUGUCCCCAGCACAAGGUGCACCUGUGUAAUGAGCAUGCUGUUUAAUCAAAUUAUUGAUAUGCCAGACCUGUCAUUUUAAAUGGAUAAUCUUGGCAAAGGAGAAAUACUCACUAACAGGGAUGUAAACAAAUUUGUGCACAAAAUUUGAGAAAAACUUUUUGUGCAAAUAUAACAUUUCUUGGAUCUUUUAUUUCAGCUCAUGAAACAUGGGACCAACACUUCACAUGUUGCGUCUAUAUUUCUAUGUAAUUAUGAUAAACACAUUAUAUAUAUAUAUUUUAAUUGUUUCCAUAACUUAUUGAGUGGUUACAGAUGUCACACAAUUGAAAUGGACUAUAUGUCGUACUCAAGAUACAUUGAAAUAUGCCGGUGAAAUGAUCCAUUCCACCUUAAAAUGUGGAGGGUGUUAGCGUCACGUCCUACCCACAGUCACUAAAACGGUCCGACCACAAUAUCAUAACCACCUGAAGCGCGUCGGAGGUUGUCGACACUACAUGGGCAGAGUACGCGAUCUGGAAAAACCCAAUCUCGAAAUAUUCCGUGCUUGUUAUACCUUUUGAGGUAAAUGAAUAAACAAAAUCAAAUGAUCGUCGUCGUAUCCUGAUUCCACUGCUGCGUGGGCAUUUUGAUUCCAUGUUUGUACUUUGGAGUGAACUUUUCUCUGCAGUUAGCUACCUUUGCGAUCACUAGUGCAGUGUCCAUUCAUGCUGGUAGCUCAGAUUUAAUUUAGCUAAUGUGCUGCUACGUUGUUUACGACGGUACUUGCAGCUGUCGAAUAGAAUGAACUAGCAUUGCUGCUACUUAGCUGUCUAAGGGAAGCUCCUAUAGCAGAACAAGAUUUUGCAAUCACUGGCACUGCGCAAGAAUCUGUCACAUCUACUGUGUAUAUUUGAGUUCAGAGAAAGCAUCUCCGGGACCCCUAAAAUGAGCAGACACCAAAAUGGGGAGGAGUACAGGAACCCAACAGAGGUGAAGAAGAGCCAGAUAGUGAUGCCCUGCCAUGCCAACCACCGCCAGGAGCUCAGCGUGGGAGAGCUGCUCAAAUGGAUGGACUCUACAGCCUGUCUGUCAGCUGAAAGGCAUGCUGGGUGUCCCUGUGUCACUGUCUCGGUCGACGACAUUCACUUUGAACACACUAUUGGGGUUGGACAGGUGGUCAACAUCAAGGCCAAAGUCAAUCGAGCUUUCAACACCAGCAUGGAGGUUGGCAUCGUGGUGAGCUGUGAAGACCUGUUCAGCGAUACUCACUGGAGUGUGUGUCGGGCGGUUGCCACGUUUGUCAGCCAGCGCACCACGGGAGGGAAGGUGCAGCUGCGUCCGUUGGUCCCCUGUACACAGGCGGAGCAGGUGGAGCACAGUUUAGCAGCUGAGAGGAGGAGGAUGAGGCUCGUCCACACUGAUAUCAUGAAGGACCUGCUCGCUAACAGGGCCUUCCAACAAGUGGAGGUCCAGGAGGCUGAGAAGGCGGUGCCAGCAGAGAGGACACGGGUGGAGAGUGUUGAGUUGGUUCUUCCCACUCAUGCCAACCACCAGGUCAACACGUUCGGAGGACAGAUCAUGGCCUGGAUGGAGAACGUGGCUACCAUCGCUGCAAGUCGUCUGUGUAACGCUCACCCCACCCUGCAGAGCAUAGACAUGUUCCAUUUCAGGGGUCCCUCACACGUGGGCGACCGGCUGGUCCUCAAAGCCAUAGUCAACAAUGCAUUCAAGAACAGCAUGGAGGUGGGCGUGUGUGCGGAGGCUUAUCAGGGGGAGGAGCCUCUGAGACACAUCAACAGCGCCUUCAUGACCUUUGAAAUCCGCGACCAGGAAGGCAAGCCAUGCACGUUGCCAAGGAUACGACCCGAACCGCUGGAGGGAAUGAGACGUUACCAGGAGGCCAUCGCUAGAAACAAGAUCAGACUCGACAGGAAGUACAUAAUAUCCUGCAAGCAGACAGAGGUGCCCUUAUCUGUACCGUGGGACCUCAGCAACCAGGUGUACCUCAGCUACAACAACGUGUCUGCUCUGAAGAUGCUGGCCGCAAGAAACAACUGGUUGUUAAACUCUGAGAAAAACAAGGUGAGCCUGUACACCCUGGAGCAGAAGCAGGUGUUGAGUUUUAAGGUCGAGACGGAGGUAGACAUCCCAGCUGAGAGGGCCUUUAUGUUGCUCUCUGACUUAAGCAAGAGAGUGGAGUGGGACCCAAACUACGAGAGGUGUGAGCUGAUUCUUAGGGUGAACGAUGAUGACUUUCUCUACCGCGUGGUGACUCCUUCCAUAGGCCAGGAUGGGACCAGUAACAGCCCUUCAGCCAAUCAGGGAGGGAAGGUCCAGGACUUCAUCCUCCUGGCCUCCAGGAGACCACCGUGUGACAGCGGGGACCCUUAUGUUAUUGCUCUGCGUUCGGUCACUCUACCCACACACCCUCCUACAGAGGGCUACAACAGGGGAGAGGUGCUGUGUGCCGGCUUCAGCAUCCUGGAGGUCUCCAAAGAUAUCUCCAAGAUCUCCUACUUCAACCAGGCGUCUCCCGAGGUCCUGCCCUACAUCUCCACAGACAUCGCCGGGCUCUCCUCCAGCUUCUACGGCAUCUUCUGCACCUGUAACACCUUCCUCCAGGAGAACAGGGUUGACCAUGCCUCCACCCCCCCAGUCCCAACCACCUUCCUCUACACUAAAACGUACACAACUCUAACCCUUUAUCCUUCACCACCCUGACCCCCUCACCCUUGAUGACUAUUGUACUGAUCGAUUGAACACACUGCCAUUAGAGGAUCCGAUUAUCUUCAACUGUUUAUUUUAUUAGAAUGGUUUAUGAAAGGAGCCUAAUUCCCAGAUUUGUUUGUGCAGUCUUGCCAACUCCUAUGGUCAUUGACAAUGGCCAUGAAUGUAGGAGUUAGCAACACAGAUCUGGGAUCUGGGACGUUUUUUGUGGCUGUGAUUAAUUAUGAUUGUCCCUUAAAGCACUUAGUCUCCCUAUACUCCCCACCUGUGUUCAUUAGAUUGACACCCAACCCCCUGUGACCUGGCUCAAGCCUGCCCAGAGCCUCUUCACACACUAAGCUGAGCCAUGUUGACAGCAAGGAUUAUUAGUGUGGAAAACUAUAUGUUUUUCUUUUUGAACAAUGUUCCCAAUCAUAACUUGUGAAAAAUAUGAUGUUUGAAAUAAAUUUAAAAGUGUUUGGACUUUUCCAGAGAAAGAAUACUAACCAGACGUCUUUUUUUCUUCUGAGAAGGGCACUUUAUUUGACAAUAAAGGGUCAGAAUUGCGUUUGA